AUGAACUAUGAAUGGUUUUAGGAUGAUAAUCAAAUAAAAUUACGCUUUGAAAUCAAAAAUACAAAAAGCGAUAAUCUUGAUAUCUAAGUAGCUGAUGUAGUCGUUAAAGUAAAUGUACUUGACAAGAAAUUUGCUAAAACAAUUGAUUUAUUAGCUCCUGUUAUUGAAGGCAAUAUUAAAUAUGGAGCAGAUGUACUAGAAGUCACUUUAAUCAAAGUAUAACCUGGUAAAUGGCCACAAUUGAGUCCAUCACUUAAUAAAGAGGAAUUGAUUCUAAGAAGAAAGGAUGUAACUUAAACAUAUUAUUCAAGGCAUUUUUAAGAAAAGAUUAAGAAAUCUAAGCUUAAAAGAAAUUAAAAGAAGAUCUUAAACAUUAAUUUGAUUAACAUGCCACUAAAGAAUAGAUUAAGGUAGAUGAUCGUGAAAGAAAUCUUAUUAGAUAAAAGUAAGAAUAAUAAAAAACUGAAGCUAUUUCUGAUCUAUAUAAUCAAAUUGGAUAGGAUUCAAAAUUUAAGUAGAAUGAAUUAGUCUAAUAAGAAGUAACAGAUGAUUAAAUUGAAGAUAAAUUAAAAAAAUAUGAAGAAUUUGAAAAAUAGUAAGAUUAGAAUUAAAAAUAAAAACCAAAACAAUCAUAACCUAUAUCAGAAAAUAAUGAUAUCUUUACUAAUGAAGAUAUUAAAAAAUAAGAGAAACAAGCUAACGGUCCUAUUCCUGAACCUAGAAAAGCAGCUGCAGUUUAAAUGACCUUUACAGAAAAGAUAUAUCCUCAUUUGGCAGCUCGUGAAUAACAUUUUAAAGAUGCUCCUGUUCCUAGAUAAAAGAAUAUUCCAAUCACUGAAUAGAGAGAAAACCCUUUAUUUCUAAAAGAUAAAGCAGAUGAAUUUUUUAGAAAUAAAGAUUAUUAUUCUGCAAUUAAUGCUUAUUCAGCUGCUUUUAAGUAUGAUAAUUAAAUGUUUGCUUGUAUUUCUAAUAGAGCUGCUUGUUAUUUAGCUUUGUUCAAUUUUUAAGAAUGUAUUGAUGAUUGUUAGACGAUUAUUAAGAUGGAGAAAAAAGAUUAAUUAUAUGAUAAAUGUUUAAAAAGAUUGAAAAUAUGUUAAGCAUGGAAAGGUGAUUUGGAUGAAGCAUUAAAUGGAGAUCUACCAGAAGAAGCUAAAUAAAUUAUAUAAAAUAGAAUUGAGUCUAAUAAAUAUAAAAAUUAAGGUGAUGCAUAUAUGACAACAUCUCAAUAUUAAAAAGCAAUAGAAAUGUAUUAAAAAUCUCUAUAGUAUGAUUUUGAAAAUGAAUUAAGUUUAAGUAACAUUGGUUUAGCUUAUAUGAAAUUAAAUUAAACAGAUAAAGCAUUGGAAAGUAUUGAGAAAGCAAUUUAAAAAGUUAAACCAUUUUUAUAGUAUGUUAAUUUGAAUCCUAAUAUUGGAAGAUAAAGUUCAUUUGCUGGUAAUGAAUUCCUACUAAAAAAUUUAAUGAAGAAAUCUAAUUGUUUAUUUGAAUUAAAUUAAGAAUAGGAUGCUUUAAAUAGUGUUAAAUAAGCUUUGAUUAUAGAUGAAACAAAUGCAGAAGCUAGAAGUAUCAUGAAUAAGAUCUAGGAUAAAUUAAUUAAAUAAGAUGUACUUAAAUUAAAAGAAAUUGCAACAGAGAGAUUAAAAUAAUAAUAAUAUUCUGAUUCAUUAGAAUUAUAUAAUCAAUGUUUAAAGAAAUUAAGUCCUUAAGAGGAUUUAAUGGAUUUCUUAGCAGUAUUAUUAAAUAGAUGUAUUUGUUGUUUUUUUUUAAAUUAAUUUGAUGAAAUAGUAGGUUCAUGUACUAGAGGAAUUAAAAUAAUAUAGAUUUAACAGAAUAAGUAUUAUAUUAAAAUAUAUAUUUAGAAUUCUAUCUUUUGAAAAGAUUACUAAAGAAUAGAAAGACAAAUUAUAAGACUUUUUAGUAAGAUUUUAUGUUCGUAGAUCAAAUGCAUAUGUAAAAUAAAAUUAAAUUUAUCAUGCUAAAUGUGAUUUACAAGAGGCUUUGAAAUUAGAUCCUUAAAAUGAAUAAAUAAAAAAAGAUUUAGAAAAAUUGAAGUGA